AUGAUUUUAACCGUUUUAGGACCUGAUUUUUGGGGUUUAGUCGAUAAACGAUGGCAUAUGUGCUCGAAAGGUAAAAUACAAUCUCCGAUCAAUAUCGAUCCAUCAGCUUUAUUGUAUGAUCCGAAUCUGCGUGAAUUUCACAUCGAUAAAAAAUCUGUGCUCUCCGAAAUCAUUAACAUGGGUCAAAUGCCCCGCAUUCGAAUUGUAAAUUCAGCGCGUUGGCCAAGUGUUAAUAUAUCUGGGGGGCCGUUAACUCCCUAUAAUUAUCGAUUGCGUCGUAUGGAUAUCCAUUUUGGAAGGAAUUCUGAAAAGGGAUCUGAGCAUUCGAUUGACAUGCAAAAAUUUCCGAUGGAAAUACAAAUGAUUGCUUAUAAUAGUGAUCUCCAUCAGAAUUUCACUACUGCAACCACAUCGCCACAUGGUUUAGCAGCUAUUUCAGUCUUUGUCCAGUCUCGAUUACUGCAGAUUGGCGAAGAAACAAAUGAAGAACUAUCGAAAAUGACUGCCGCAACCAAAAGUAUUGAAUUCAGACGUAAACGUGUCUCAAUUCAAGAACUAAGGCCAUGGAACCUUUUACCAAAAAAUCUGGAAUAUGUGACAUAUGAGGGAUCAUUAACAUCUCCUGGUUGCCAUGAAACUGUUACAUGGAUUAUUAUUAAUUAUCCUUUGUAUAUUAAUAAAUCUGACGUUAGUUUUUGCAUGAAUUUUAGUUUGAAUUUUAAAGGUAGCCGUAUUUUAAUCCAAAUAAUUCUCUGGAGAAGUUCUAAUAGUCAGUGCAGCAAAAAAACAAAAAAAAAUGGUGAGUUCUAUGAAAAAAAUAUUUUUUUCUUACACUUAUAA